GGUUCAUAUUGCAAAUUUCAUAGAUUAGUAAGGACCCUCAAAGAAAAUUACAAGAUUAUGGCGCACUACAGACUCUCUCUUCGGCAACCACCAUGCCUUGAUUUUUCUUCCCAAUGUUUGUGGUGGACGGUUCUCAGUUCAUGCACGGAUCAAGCCAGGGUGGCGAAGCCGCUCCUUUUUUUCGCCUCUCUAUGCUGAUGUGAUCAACAAUCCCCUCAACGGAUAUGGCCCUCCUUGGGGACCAGCAAGAGUGUUGUGCUCAUGCACCACAACCAUAUAGCCAUGGUUGAGCUCUUCGUACCUUCGAGGCCUGACCUUCUUGUGACAAUGUCUACCUAGCCGUGUUGCCUAUGUUCUACAUCUACGGCCUCCUGCUCUUUGUUGUGGGCCUCUAUCGCCUGGCUCCAUGGUCAUGGUCAUGAGGAGGUUUGGCGUAGCCGAGUCUGUUAGGGUAAUCCACAUGGACAAAGUCACGACACUUGGUGGUUGCUACACAUCAUGGUGGCACUGGUGGCAACAGGCUCAUUCAAGACUUUCUCAAGGUUGAUUCUCUCGGAUGAUCCUCUCAGGCCAGCCAAUCCACAUCAGUUGGCCCAUCUUAAGGAUAAUUAGUCAAGAAAGAAGUUCCUACCACAUUGCCAACUAAUGCCAAAUUUACCGUGCCAGUUUGGGAGAGUAAAUGUUGCUGACAACAUGGUAUGGCCAGACCAUGUAGUGCAUCCGCCGUAGAGUUGGUCCUCUCUACAUGAGCAUGCAAGAGAAACUUGGUGGCGACAGUACAAGCUUGCCACCAACGCAAGAGAUAUCCAACCUAAUGAAGAGAAAUGAAGAAUUGAUAGGACGAUUCAUGUUUGUCGUCGACCACAACAAAACACUUACAUGCCAUUUCGCAGACUUGGCUGUUGCAGGCGGGAGAGGCAGAACAAACUAUAUGCUGCUUGCUAUAAGCAGUAUAGUUGGGAGAAAAUACAUUGUUGCAGCCAAAGUUCAGGCAGAAGCCAUCGAUGUUGUGAACAUAUUAUUCCACGUCUCCAGGACUCAAUUGAUCAGCACUAUAGAUCCAGAGGUAGCAUCCAGUAGCACACCUAAACUGCCCGCAAGUAUUCCAAAAUCUACACGGCUUGCUCUACCAGAAAGCAUGGCAACCCCAUCAGACAACAACAAAAUUUCAGAGACAACACCAACUAAAGAGAUCAUACAAGCCAUUGAUUCAGAUUUAGAAGGGGAAGUAGGCUUCACAACAAAACGCAAGAAAAGGAAAGCCCAGAAGUACACCACCAAACAAAGUACAACCAACGAUAAAAGAAAGGUAAAGAUGGAGUUGUUUCGACCUAAAUAGGAGCCUAUACCCAUCAAGUAAGAACUCGAGGUGCACACCAUAUUAACCUCACUGUGGCAUUGAUUAGUGUACUAACUAAGGUUGCUGAACUUUUGAAGGAUGUCCAAGUGGGUCAGCUUAAGAGUGUUUUCGCAAUAUGUUUCACUUUAUGACUUCUGUAGUUAGAAUGUAUUCUAAUGGGUUACUGAUAAUUAAGUUUUAGUUCUGAUGCAAUUAUGUUUCAUCAUUAGGGUUUACAAAGUUGGACCUGUCAAAACUAGAGUGGUGAUAGGGAUAUGGAUGAGCCAUGCAAUUACAUGUGCCUCUGUAAUCGUGAGACCAACAGAAGAUUGCCGAUAUCUACUGCCAAACUGAUCUGCAUGUCAUGCCAUAUGUUUAGGUAGAGAAUUUUACCACUUCAAUGCUGGCAAAUAUUGUACUACUCCGUACAUGAUAUGUAAGUAGAGCUUAGUAAACAAUAUUUUAAUAUCUGUUAUACGAUAAGUCUCUUCUAUAUAGUUUUCCGUAGUAGUGGGAUUAUGGAGAGCCUUUCUCUAGAAGGAUAAAACAAAACUCUUAAGCAAAUAAUAAAGCCCAGUAAAGGGUGUUCUUGACCAUUAUUUUCAUUUCUCAUACCGGACCAACAUGUACCCAUAUUCCACCAAUUAGUAGCACUUGCCAAAUAUGCUCCUCCGCGUGAGAACUGU